AUGAUCCGUGGCAGCUUCAGAACAACGGUAACCGAACAAAUUUUUAUCAUAAUUUAUAAAGUUAGUUUGAGCAUUGCACCGGAAUCGCCAGGUUCACUAUUUCUGCCAGAGGGUUUAUAGGUGCGUUUCACUCAAGCCUUAUACAAUAGGGAAACGCUUGGUGGUCAACUUUGCACAUAUUGCCGCUUUACGCCUUGUGGAAGCAAGUAAAUUUCCUUAAAUUGCAUAUAUUUGAUACCAAACACAAGAUCAAUACUUAUAAUGAAUAUUUAACUUGAUCUGAUAAAUAUGUUUCCAUUUGGAGUUGACCACAAGUGCUGAACCUAUCACGUGACUGACACCUAGCCUGCUUGCCGCCUGGAAUUUCCAAGGGGGGAUAAUUCUAUAGUUGCAUUUUUCGCAACUGCCCCAGGUUUAAUCUAAUAAAAUACAAUACAGUGGAAACUCCGAAGAAAUUCAUAUUUUUUAAUUCAACGUUUCGACUACUGUUAUUAGUCAUCAUCAGGAAUUAUGAAAGCUACUAGAAAUUUUACAAGUUAUUAUAUACAGGUGUGAUAUAUAGAGAAUAAUACAUGGCCAUGGCUGCGCGGAAAUACCAGAUUUAUUCCAUGUAUUUUUCUGUUUAUUAUAUAAAGGACAGUGUUUGAAAAGCGAUAAUUUUUACAGAAAAGCGAUAACUGAAAAGCGAUAAUUUUCACAUGUGAGAUUAUAUAAAAUACAAUACAGUGGAAACUCCGAAGAAAUUCAUAUUUUUUAAUUCAACGUUUCGACUACUGUUAUUAGUCAUCAUCAGGAAUUAUGAAAGCUACUAGAAAUUUUACAAGUUAUUAUAUACAGGUGUGAUAUAUAGAGAAUAAUACAUGGCCAUGGCUGCGCGGAAAUACCAGAUUUAUUCCAUGUAUUUUUCUGUUUAUUAUAUAAAGGACAGUGUUUGAAAAGCGAUAAUUUUUACAGAAAAGCGAUAACUGAAAAGCGAUAAUUUUCACAUGUGAGAUUAUAUAAAAUACAAUACAGUGGAAACUCCGAAGAAAUUCAUAUUUUUUAAUUCAACGUUUCGACUACUGUUAUUAGUCAUCAUCAGGAAUUAUGAAAGCUACUAGAAAUUUUACAAGUUAUUAUAUACAGGUGUGAUAUAUAGAGAAUAAUACAUGGCCAUGGCUGCGCGGAAAUACCAGAUUUAUUCCAUGUAUUUUUCUGUUUAUUAUAUAAAGGACAGUGUUUGAAAAGCGAUAAUUUUUACAGAAAAGCGAUAACUGAAAAGCGAUAAUUUUCACAUGUGAGAUUAUAUAAAAUACAAUACAGUGGAAACUCCGAAGAAAUUCAUAUUUUUUAAUUCAACGUUUCGACUACUGUUAUUAGUCAUCAUCAGGAAUUAUGAAAGCUACUAGAAAUUUUACAAGUUAUUAUAUACAGGUGUGAUAUAUAGAGAAUAAUACAUGGCCAUGGCUGCGCGGAAAUACCAGAUUUAUUCCAUGUAUUUUUCUGUUUAUUAUAUAAAGGACAGUGUUUGAAAAGCGAUAAUUUUUACAGAAAAGCGAUAACUGAAAAGCGAUAAUUUUCACAUGUGAGAUUAGCAUGAAUAAUCUCACAUGUGAGAUUAUCAGUUUUAUCAGUACUCGAAAUCUCUUUCAAAAAUCAUUAAUAAUUCAUGAAGCAAUUAUCCAAUCUUGAGUAAGAAAUUAGUCAUGUGCAUACGUCUUUAUACCAGCUAAAGAACACUUUAACAAAAGACCAUUGUUAUGCAAAAAGAUUUUUAUAUAAAGGUUUUUAUAUAAAGAUUUUUAUAUAAAGAUUUUUAUAUAAAGAUUUUUAUAUAAAGAUUUCAACUUAUUCGACUCGCGGGUCGUGUUUUAUUAGCUCGUGGCUUUAAACCUAAUAAAACACUCCUGCUCGUUUUUUAAAUAGUACAUAAAGCACUAUACUUUAUAUAAUAUAUAAAGAUUUGACUUAUUCGACUCGCGGGUCGUGUUUUAUUAGCUCGUGGCUUUAAACCUAAUAAAACACUCCUGCUCGUUUUUUAAAUAGUACAUAAAGCACUAUACUUUAUAUAAUAAAAGUAUAUAACUUGUAAAAGUUUAGUAGCUUUCAUAAUUCCUGAUGAUGACAGUAGUCGAAACGUUGAAUUAAAAAAUAUGAAUUUCUUUGGAGCUCUCCCUUGUAUUGUAUUUUAUUUAUUAGAAUACUCAAUUUGUUACCGAAAAUUUAGGUCAGAUAAAUGUAUACAUUUCACACCCGAAAUUUCCGUCUACAAAACCCUUCUACAAUUAUUUAUAACGGCCGUAAAUGGGAAUAACAUGCAUUAUCCGAUAAGUGAAUCAAAAUGUUUGAGAUACUCUGGGAUGUUGCUUUUAGUUCCGUGCAAAAUCUUCUCACGGCGUUUCCAAGGUAACCGUAACUUUGUUUGGGAUUUAAAAGUGAUUAAUUUUUAUGUUAAUUCCAUAAUCCGCAAAGAAGGUCAUGCUAGGAUUACACUGACCAUGUUUACUUCCUGAUUUAGGCUAUACAUAGAUCUCCAUUGUUUCAAUUGGAAUGUGUUUACCAUUUGGAGUUAAAUUAAAAUUAAGCUCUGUAGACUGGGUCCGAAUGAGUAUUAGGGCUUUCAUAAUCUUUUAAGUCCUCAAUGCAGGAAUAUUUUACUCAGUGAAGCAAUUUUUGCACUAGAAGUGCUGUCAUCUUUCUUAAUAAAACUUUUAAACUACCUGAUGAGUGUGGCAAACAUUGCUUGUCAUUACCUGAACAGGCUAUAAGCUCUAAAGCUUGCAGAAUACUUUAAGUUCUUGACUUCUUGUAAAAGGAUAUGUGUUGUAAAGAAGCCAUCAAUAGGAUUAGAAAGAGCAAUGAAAUUUCAUCUUUAUCGUGCCGGUAGCUAGUUCGUGGUUUUUAGCCAAAAGUUGAACUUACAAAUGUGACUUUAUUACUUUAUUCUUGCUAUUGCUUUGUUAGUGGUUGAAAGCGAAAUGAAUGUACAGUGUAUUUUAAAGAAAGUAGCCAGCAUUAAACCUCAUAAGACCCGGCAGCCGCCGGCUUAUUUCAGUUGAAACUGAAGCCCUGAGAUACGAUCUUACAAGGCUGUCAUAAUCUUUUUAGUAUAAAGUAAACGGCUGUGAUGAGAAAGCAGGCAGCUGCCAUCAAUGCAGCGCUUUUUGGAUCUGGCGAAUAUUUUGCAGAUCUUAUUAACCGUACAGCGGAUUGCGGAUUUAUCUAAUAUUUUGGCUCAGAUUGUGGAUUUUCCUUGCAAUUUAGUUCGGAUUGUGACUUCAUAGUAGAGCUUUUAGCGGAUCCAAAUUUAGACAAGACCAUUGUCGGAUCGGCGGAUUUGUAUACUCCUAUUCACCCCCCCCCCCCUGCGUACGGGAUAGCACUGCUGCCGGCCCCACAGAGUUGUGCAUGAAUGUUUGCUCACAGAGGGGGGGGGGGGGGCAUUGGGGGGUAUUCAAUACCGUAAUAGAGCAAGCAAAUUUUGUCAAUUACCGCAGUUUUUGAGUCCAAAAUUGCAAACACCGUGUACCGCAAGAUUUCCAAUAUCGUAAUGCUGCAAUUUUUCAAGGGAAAUACCAAAAUACCGUAAGAAAAAUAAGCUAAUACCGCCAUAUCAUAAAUCCCAAUGUCCCCUUCCUCACACACUUUGAUCAAAGCAUAUUUCGAUAAAAAAAAAUUCGUUGGAUCUAAUUAAACUUUUCCAUCAAAGCGACGCUAUCUUGAAUCACAUUGUGGUCUAGCCAGUAGGUCUAUUGAGACUACACGAGCUGAAUUCGGACGAACCUUGCCCAAAUUCAUCUGCUUCCACUUCAGUCCCCGUGGGAAUUUGUUCGAUAAGCGGAGUCACAGCCCACCUAGCCUGCGCGCAACGUUGACGAUGUCAUGAGACUGCGCGCGGGCUUCUCUUUCGGGCAGUAAUACAUAUAUAUGCUGAAAUCAGUACCCAAAAGUCAAUACAUUCAAAGCCAUAUCAGUUAGAUGUAUCCUUAUGGCCGCAAGAUUAUAAGCGCUAUUUGGCUUAAUAAUUUAUAAUAACAUUAUAAAAUCAGUAAGUUAAAUUUUGUGGGGGGGGGGGGCUAUCGCGAUAUUUUUACCGGGGGGAGGCUAUCCGCUAUUUUUAUGCGGGGGACCUAUAUCAGAGUUACCCGGCCUUCGUAUCAGGACGGAAAACAUGAUAUGAAUGAUAUUUGAUACGAAUCAUUUGACACGGGAACUACGUAUGUAGGUGUUGAUCACAUGACUUCUGAUUGAGUUACAUCUUAUCGCCCGUUCGAGAUUUCUUACAUUUAUGGUCAGAAAAAUGUCAGUCGGAGACGCUUCGUUAAUUUAAAACGAUUCAAAAAAAUACAAUCUAUGAGAUAGCAAUCAAAUUUAUGCAAGAAUUCUGAUAGCCUUAACUUACAGAUUUCUUUCACACUUCCACUGUGUAUAAAAAUAAUAAAAUUUAGCGCUUAAAUUGCGCGCAGAUCGCGGAAAAAGACAUCUCUGAUAUAAUUCAGUUUCUGUGUUUUACGUGUGUUUUAAGUUACGAUAUGCAUAGCUAUAAGUAGCAUUCAAAUUUAUGCAAAAAUGCAAAAGUUGCAUGUGUAUAAAAAUAUAAAAUAUAGCACAUUGCGCUCAAAAUCUCAAAUUGUGAUACGGGUCAACAUUUUGCGCCAAUUAAUUUUGGUUGUGAAGAAAUUGUUAUAACUGGGAAUAAAGUUGCAUUUUAUGUUGUUGUUUAUUCUAGACAAAAUUGAUGUAUAAGAUUUCACUUCGUCUUUCCUCAUUGUUAUUUCAUCAGCAUGCUUGCCAAAUAAGGUAUGCAUGAAUUAGUCUUGCAAAUGAAAUAAUGAUACAAACAUAUAUAGCAUGUCUUGUGUCACAGAGGAAAUUGGACACGACACUGUGUACACUGGCGAAACACUAAUAGAUUUACUCCUACAAGCUUCAGGUAAUACACAAAGUGCUAUCACUGCCGUUAUCAUCAGCCAGAAUCUUCACAGAUGAUAUACUUUUAAAGUACUGUACAUGGCAACGAAGCGUGGUAGGAAUAUAUGGCUGUAAACGUACACUGUUCCCAAUUCUAAUUGAGGAUUAUCUACGUUAAUUCGCAAUGGCUUCUAUGGCGAAAAAUUCAAAGCAACGAAAGAGUUCUAGCUCUGCUCAAAAGCCCGAUUUUGGUAGGACACCAUCGCUCACAGAUAGUUCGUUGUUUGGGCUGCUCAGUGUUGUAAACUUGGAUGAUAUUUGUCUGAAAACAUUUCCGAUUGAUGCUGUUUUACCGGACGGCUCAAAACGGGAGGUUAGUUUUAUCGUGUAAACAAACACUAAUAAUUCAAAUUCCUUCCUACAAUCAAGCCUUCUCCUUCGAAAUCCCUGUCUGAUGUUGAAGUUUGAACAAGCUUCGUCGUUGCAUGUUAACAACAGCUCUACAUCUUGUUCCUUCUACUGAAUGUGUUUACUGCAGAUUUGGUAGAGUUUAUUGUUUCAAACUAUGCGCUUAAUUGGGAAUUUGUCGUACAUUUAAACAUAUAUUAACACAAUUUAUAUCCUUAAUCCGACUUUAUUCCAAGGGGUGGUCCGUUAUGCCUUCAACCGACAUAAGCGAAACGCCAUUCUUUAAAAUAGAUUGUUCUAAAAAAUGGAACUAAUUGCUUUUGUUUAGUGCAUGAUUUAAUAAAACUCGUGCAGCUUCGAAAGGAAAUAGCCAGCAGGUUUCAUGGGGAUUUUAGUGUUGAAUUUGUUGCAUUGUUGCGAAUGCCACGUAAUUUGCGACAGUUUUUGAUUGAAUCGUUCUUAAUUGUGAUGUAUAUUGUAGCAGUUUAAUAAAUAUUGUUCUUCGAAAUAUGUUUAUAUUCACAUGCGGACGAUUUUCGCUCGCUUUCAUUUCAAAUAUCUGCCCAAAAAUCUGUACAUGUUUGUCUAUUUGUCUUACAUAAAUGUACAGUGCCAAUCUAUGCGCUUAUGAAUAUUUGAAAAACACAAUUUUAAUGACGUGGGUGUUUUAAAUUUUGCGUGCUCGCUGUCGGAUCAGUGAAAUUAUUGAAUUAUUUAUAACACGAGUUUAAUGGUUUUGCAUUUAUAUUCUAAUUUCCAACUCUGACUAUGUUCUAAAAUUGUGUCAAGAUAAUUGUAUGUUCAUCUGAAAUUCAUAUCGCUAUGAUAUUGAGUCAUAUGUUUACUAAAUUUGGGGCGAAAUGAAAUUUAAUAGUAAUAACGCCUGUCGGGUUUUAGGAAAUAUCAAAUCAAUGUUUUGCAUAUUAAAAGCAAUUAAAUAUUUCACGAGAAAUCGCUAACCGAGAAAUAAUUGCUCGUCUGGAAAUCCAACGAUUUGGGAGUUUGAAGACGUUAAUGUCAGAAUUAGUAUGAAAAGAUGUUUCAAAUCUAUGGAGACGAUUUUGAAUGAACUCGAAUUGAAACACAAGUCAACUGUGUACAUGUCUUCCAAGUUAAAACCGCUGUCAUAGCCUGUCAAACUCCCAACUCUCAUUAACAUUUCUCAAUUUUGAGUUGUUUCAAGUUUUGAUGAGAGCUGUUAAAUCCAGUUGGUGAAAUCUCGUCAACUCUCAUGCAACUCUUGUAGUCGUUUGACCUGUGCGUUAUAAGUUGUUACUUAAGAAUUAAGAUAUAUGUCGUAAACUCGAAAAAAAACCUUUGCUUGCUACUUCAAUAGAGCGAGGCGGUCUUGAAAUUCAAUCCCGCUCGAUUUUUUAACUGUUCUCUGAGAUCUCUGCAUGUUGUACAUUUUUCGUAAUGGCAAUGUAAAUAUAACUUUUCGCCUGACUUUUCGCUAAUGCAUUAGAACAUUUUGACCUCCUGGCCCCGUCGCGUUUGUCUUUUAUUCAGUUAUUAUGUGAAAGGCUAACUGAUUAAUUUUUGAAAUAGUUUCACAGCCAGAGAGAGUUAGAAAGCAUUGUUUUUCACUGAUAUCUUUUGUUCGUUUACGCUUGCAUUAAUUAGUUUUAAUGAGUUUUUGGACACGAUAUUUCCAGUAAAAUUACAACUAUGUUUUUUAAACAAAACAGCCUGUCAAGCGGUAUCUAUUUCAUAUUUUUGGGUUGAAAGUAAUGCUUUCCAUAUGUUUUGAUCAAAGGUUAAUGUGAUUACAGAAUGGUGUGAAAUUUUUUAUGACAUUAGAACGGCAAUUUUCACAACCUUUUCUGAAGCAAGUCUGUUUUUUGGUUGUCUCGUGCUCAAAAUGAAUUUUAUGGGCAAUAACCACAAUGCAGUGCGAUUUUAGAAAUUAAAAGUGAAUCCAAUUCUGUAUUUGUUAUUUUGUUGCCGUCUUGGGUAGCUUGCCUCGCGCAGUUGAAAAGGCAGAGAUAAAACCACGUGAGGGUCUUGGAUAUGAAGUUUAUUAGCCGACAAUUUAAGAAAAUACAAUGUAAAACAAAAGGCUAAUUGGUCUGAUUCAUAAUAGAACUAUUUCAACAGCUACAAUACCCAAGACAAACAGAACUUAAAAUUGGAGCAUGCCAUAAUGACUAGAACAGUCUACCUGUUGAACUCAGGAAAAUACAAUACAAUAUCCCUGAUUUCACGUCUUGUUUUUGUCCAUAUCUUCCAUUUUUAAGGUGGCUUGAAACGUCAUUGUUGCCAUAGCAAUGGCAGUUGUGUAAAUUUUGUGAAAAAAAUUCAAACCCUUUAAUAGAUGUUGUUUUACAUCAGUAAGAUACUUUCAACCUCGUGCUCAGGUUUUUGUUUUUCAACAACUAAUACUGCAAGUGUGUACAAAAAUACGCCAAUCUAACUUUUGAAUUUCUGCUGCUAAUAUCCUCAUGUUUUGUGCAUGAAUAUAUUUUUCAUUGAUCAUGAAGGUUGUCAGAAAAAUCAAAAUCAGUGAUAUCAUCUAUAGACGUCUUCUUCCUCUCAGCAAAAAUGCGGUCGGGAAGAAUUUUUAGGUGGGCGGCCCCUUCCGCAUUUUCGCGUACCCUUUUCUAUGAUAAAUCCCGAAUAAAAACCCCAGUUUCAGAGACAUAUUUCAUGCUGCAAUUCUAAUCUUGACGCAUUGUGCGUGAAAUAUGAUGAUAUUACCGAAUUUCUUCAUCUUAAUUUAUUCCAACAUCUUAAUUUAUUCCAAUAUAACAUUAGCUGACCGGGUAAUCUCUCCAAACAGACUUUCAGCAUUGACAUAUUUCAUUCCUAUUAUAAAGGCCACGAGGCAAUUGACAUCUAUAUUUUAUGAAUGAUUUAUGGUGAUGCCCUAAUAACAAGCUCUAAACAAGCAGAGUAAUAUUUCGCUGUGUAUCAUAUGAACAAUUCUGCAUUACUUACAAUUACUUGACCUCUGGGGAGAGCAGUUUAUAGUGGAACUGAUGAUAGCCAGUAUAUACAUAUAUAUAUACGCAACAACAAAGUUAUGUAGGCAGUUUGGUAGUUAGAUAACACUUCUAGCCGUUCUAGGCAAAACUGUUGAUGAUUCUAGGCUUCUAACAUUUAUUUCAAAAGACCAACACUCCUCCCUAUAUAAUCCAAUCAAUUAUUAAUUCAAAGUUUUGGCACCACGUCACGUUUUCAGAGACAGUUUUGACUGGCAGCGACAAAAGGUUCUUGCCCCCUGUAGAUCAGUGCUGUCAGGUCCCAUGAAACAUAAACAUCCAAACAACAUCUAAAGCAGAUUUGUUCAUUAUACUGUACAAUAAACCUCUCAUAAUGAAAUAAUAAUUAGCAGUUGCAUACGAAAGGCUAUUGGUAGUUUUAUUAAGCACUUUCGUGCAGCAGAUGGGAAUAAGUCCAAAGGGUGUAUUACUCCAAACGUCCUUGUACACUUUCCCAAAAAUAAAAAUAAAAAAAAAACUUCCUCUUUGAAAUCAGAAGAAAAAGGAUGUCACCUCGUGACCCAGAUUUAUGAGAGAACAUUGUGGAUUUUGUGAGAAAUUUAAACAAUGUCAAACGUGGGUGUUGCAGAUUUUCAAACGUGGGUGUUUCAUUUUGAGAACAUGGAGAUGUGUAGCCAGGGCAUUUUUUAAGAAAUUGCAACUACUGGGGCUAAGUCUCAAUGAGGUCCUUUUUCCUCACACAGUUACGCGUACAUAAAGACCAUGCUGUCCUGACUUUAAUAAGAUGAAAUGUCGAGAAUGUGAGAGGAUAUGAGAAAGCAGCUUUUUCAACAAGGAUGACUUUUUAAUAAUGAUCAAAAGGGCCCAGCCCUUCUGAAAAUAUUGCUUCACUACUGGGGCAAGAAAAGGGCCUACUGGGGUAAAUGCCCCAGAAGUUAUGUAGUUCUGUAGCCCAUAUGAUAGUGUUUACAAAUCUGCUGCUUGGUAUACGAAAACAUCAAUAAAUUGUGAUGAUGACAUGACACGUUGAGGACUUGAUUGACGGAAAGUGCAUAUAAGAGGCGAAAGAUUUUAAGAAAGAUAACUAAAAUAACGCAUCAAACGCUGUAAAAUAAAGCAUAAUCUGCCACUUUCAGAUAAGGAGGAUUCCUAUCCCACGCUACUGACGAGACGAAGAGUAGAUAGUUCAAACACUAACGGUAGCUUACUGUAGGUGGGGGUGGAGGGACUGCCCUCCCCCAGGAUUUAUGCCCAUGCUUUAGAACUGAUCCAGCUAUCCAGUACUUUAUACACAUAGUAAAUCAUGCAAUAUUUUUCUAUUUCAGUUAAAAGUGAACAGAUUUUCCAACGUGAAAGACGUCAUCCACGAUAUUUGCAAGGAAUACAAACUCGAUCACCCCAGAGUGAGAUUCAGUUCAACCAACACCCCGGUGAGCCUGGACGCUAAUGCAGCUCUACUGGAGAAACAUGAGAUCAUAGUGGACGAGGCACGUAAAGAAUCCAAAGAUGUCAAACAGGGUUAGUCAAUAUUUACAAAUGUAAGCCCUUAUGGCAGACGUUUUGUCUUGUAGUUAUUUGGAAUUUGCAUAAUAAUUGCGGAGGACUUAAUUUGCUUGUCUUAACCAGCGAGGUCUAUAUGUAUUCAGCAUACGUUACUGCCACGAUUUGCGGCUAUAACUUAUAGCCUUAUAGCAUGGCAUACCUUAUAGGUUUGUGGUUAUAAAAGACACGCGUAUGUUCGGCAUACCUCACCGUUCUUUAAAAAGGAAGUUUUAUAUUUGACUUCAGCAGGAAAUUUUUAUUUUUGGAAUUUGCUGACAGGAAGAAAAAUAUAUUAUCUGGGCCUGGUUCGAAAGCUGAUAAGCUUACCCCUAGCUUAACCUAAACCUAACCUAAGAUUAUACUAAAACUGUCUGUACCAGUGUGGGUAGCACCAAUGUGAAAUUGCUGUGCUGAGUGGUUAUAUUACUACCUGAAUAAAACAAGCAGAAACUCAACGUUUCGAAGGGCCUUCGCUCGAAACGUCGAUGAGUUUCUGCUUGUUUUUUUUUUCAGGUAGUAAUAUAACCACUCAGCACAGUAACCUAAGAUUAACCUACCUUGAUUGUCUGCUAUUGUUUUUCAGAGGAUCCCCGCCUUACCCAUUUGAAAAAUAUCAUAAAUGGUGAGGAGAAAUACCUGGAGUCAUUAAAGGUUACUGUCGAGGUGUAUGGAGAAGUGCUAAGGUAUAUAUUCAAUGAAACCGCAUUUGAUUGGUUAAUCGGGUAGAUUAAAUACAUCUGAUUGGUUAAUGGAGACGGUAGUGGACCUCUCUAGUUUCCCAGAGUCGUUGUAACCAAGGGUGAGUAGUGGCGAAGUAGUUGUAUUUCGCUACUGUAGCGAACUACAAUUUUCAAGGAGCCAGUAGUUUUUGACUACUUUUUCAAAACAGUAGCUGUAGUUAUAGCGAACUACAUUUUGCCUAAAAGUAGCCAAGUAGUUGUCUACUUUUCAAACAGUGAAUCGCUAUUCGCUACUUUUUAAAAUUGUUAACAACUUGAUAGAAUAGCAUGAUAUUGAGACACGGAGUUGCUUAAAAUCAAUACUCAAUAGUCGAUCAUUGCACUCUUGAACACUGACUGUAGUGCUUACAAAAAUGUUACUUUGUGUUUACUGUUGCUACUCGUAAGUCGAUUUGUAAAAGGUUACAUUACAGCCUGAGUUAGUAGAUGCUCCAAAUACAGUAGAACUAAAAAAUAUAGCAUAGCAAAAUAGCGAAAUAGUUCGCUACGUUUUUUAAGCAGUAGCUGUAGUCAGUAGCGAACUACCUUUGUUCAAAAGUAACAGUAGUUGUAGCCGACUACAUAUUUUUGAAGUAGCUGUAGUUAUAGCGAACUACAAAAAUGUUGUAGUCAACGCACCCUUAAUUGGUUGUAACACUGAAACUAAUGAGCACUUCUUUCUUCCUUGAUAGAAAAAGUUCCUUGAAUCAUCUUGAUCAUGGUAUUAUAUUUGGAAGGUUGAAACCAAUCCAGGAAGCAACAGCAUCACUGCUGCUCAAGGUAGAAAUUACACAAGACAUAAUGGACAUUUUAUCUAGUCUGAGUCUGGUUUACACUAUCAAAGUUUCUGUGAUCACAGUAGGACAUUUGUAUCGAAAACUCUAAGUUUUGAAAGAUUUGUAAGAAAUGUUUGAAGGAACAUACUCACUGUUAAACACUAACGCCCGUAUUCUAAAAGUUCACUCACACUCAAUGAGUGGAAGUUCAAUCUGAGCUUCUCUUGAGUGUCAUUGCUGUUUUUGAACAGCUGGUGGGCUAGUGUCAUACCUUACUAUGUGACUACUCACUCUCCAGCUAUUCAAAAACAGCAUUGACACUCAAGAGAAGCUCAGAUUGAACCUCCACUCAUUGAGUGUGAGUGAGCUUUUAGAAUACGGGCGUAAGUCAGUUCCCUCAAGAAACUUAUGCGAAAUUCCUACUGUAGUCACAGAAACUUUGAUAGUUUAAACCAACCAGCCUUAUGUUUUCACAUGUUUUUGAAAUGGAAUAUUUUGUUUUUUCCAACUGGAUAUAGUUAAAAGACGUUCGCGAUGGUUGGAAUUCAUCUUCAUACAUUGGUAAUGUCCACAUUUCUCAAUGAUCUCCAAAUAGAUCUGGAGUGAGAUCUUGAGUCCAAAAACUCAAGAUGGAGCUAUUGCACGUCAGUUUCACUCUCUCAGUUCUAUUCGGUUUUUGUCUGCGUAGAGUGUGCGGAAAUUUCGUACUUUGACUUCGAUUUAAAGAAUAAUACUGUGAUUUAUGCACUGAUAACUUGGUUAGCGAUACGUUCAGUUAGAAUAAGACUGGAUUUAGCUGGGAAAAAUAGUAUUGAAAUGGUCCACAACCUUCAUAGCUAUUGGACGACAAUUCCGCCAUCUUGCCUUUCACUCUGUUCUUGCUCCAGAUAUAUACAGAACUCAGACCCUGUUCACACGAUACCGGCAGAUUUUGAAAACGGAACGAAAUUCUACCGUCAGAUAACCUGAUUAAUCCUGGCGAAUGAAAACAUAAGGGAGUGCCAUGUGAACGCCUAACCGUAAGAAUUUCAUUACGGUUAUGCAAAAUGAAAUUAACAAAACUGCAAAAGUUGUUGUUGGAUAUUUUAUUCUGUUGUGCAGCAUAUUGUCAAAGCGGAAUAUAAUCGGCCGGUAUCGUGUGAACAGUUGGAACCGUGAUGAUUUUCUGCCGGCACAAUUCCAUGCCGGUAUCGUGUGAACGGGGUCUCAGUGACAUUUCUGUCUACUAUUUAAGUGUUCAACUGCACUGGAAUGAUUAGUUUAUUUAUUUUUUAGCGACUGCGUUUAGUGAUUUACCAGAUCUUCUCUGGACUUAUGACAAUUAUUUUUCACGUCUUACUGCAUCCAAAAGGUUUGUAUUUACCAGUUCUGUCUAAACUGACCUUCACAGAGCCACAGAAAUCCAACUUAUGCCAUCCCUUAUUGCGCAUAUUUAUCCUUGUACUUGGUAAGAUCUUAUCCACUUGAGCGUGGCCUUGCCUGAUCGCUGCAUUUGGUAUGUGCUAGGAGUUUUAUCCAGGUUCUCCUGUCCUUUGCUCAACGGCUGGCUGUAGGAAUAUCACCGUAUUCGCCCAAACGAUCUUUGACGUCUGCAGCAAGUGUUUGUAGAAUACUGAGACGAGGACGCCCAACACUGCGAUGCUCAUGGGAGGGAGUCCAGCGCGGUAGGAAUCUGGGAACUCGGGUGGCAUCCAACCGAGAGAUAUGACCGAAGUAGCGCAUACAGUUGAGGUGCAUAUUCAUUAGUUCUGUUUAUGCCACCUUUCACAGAGCCACAGAAAUCCUGUUAUGCCAUCCCGUGUUGUCUCAUGCUGGAAGCUUCCUUCUCACAUGCGACUUAGGCAAAAUUAUAAUCAGACAAUUGCAUAUUGCCGGAUCGAGCCCCGGUCACAGAGAGUGAAGGCUUCUUCUAAAGACCCAUCUCCACUCAGGAAAAUUUUCCACAGAAAGAAAAUUUUGUAAAAUGUGAUUGGCCGACACAAAUUUUCUGUCGAAAAAAAAUUUUGAAGUUGCAAAUUUUCAACUUUUAGCAAUGAUAUUUUCGGGAAAUUUUCUGUCUGUGGAAAUGGGCCUUAACCACUGUACCGCCAACACCCUUCUAAUAUGACGACCAAGCAGAUGCCACAAGGCCCAUUUCCAUGGACGGAAAAUUUUCCGAAAAUAUCAAGUUGAAAAUUUUCAACUUUUUUCCGACGGAAAUUUCUUUCUGCGGAAAAUUUUCCUGAGUGGAAAUGGGCCUUCAUGCUUCGCUUUCAUUCUAAAGCCUUGUAUAUUUUUAUUCCAGGAUACUAAGACAGAAAUGUAAAUAUGACAGCGAAUUCUUGUCAAUGGUAAACGAAAUAAAAACUACAGCCAAAGAUUCACUUGGACUUCUUAUAUUGUUGCCGGUAGGUUUUUCGUAUUUGUUUUUAACAUUUAUUAGAUUACUAAAUGAUUUAUGAGUUGAAGUGUGCGUGAAUAGGACUGGAAGACGAGAUAUCUAGUAUAUAAAGUUAGUUUAGUUUAGGUUUCCUCCUGUAGUAACACUGGAUCAAUAAGAGAUGACCCUUACUGGACCUCUAGGAAGAACAGUUUAGAACUAAUAGAGCUAUCUAGUAUAAAUAAAGUUAGUUUAGUUUAGGUUUCCUCGUGUAGUAACACUGGAUCAAUAAGAGAUGACUAUUAUACUGACCGCUAAGAAGAACAGUUACUGAUAGAGUACUGAUAGAGCUAUCUAGUAUAAAUAAAGUUAGUUUAGUUUAGGUUUCCUCGUGUAGUAACACUGGAUCAAUAAGAGAUGACUAUUAUACUGACCGCUAUAAGAAGAACAGUUACUGAUAGAGCUAUCCAGUGCAAAAAGAGAUGACAGAAUGUGCGUUUAUAUUUCCAAAGGCACGUCGUGUUUCUCAAUACAACAAUUAUCUGACGGAUGUUCUCGAGUGUACUCCGGAUGAUCACGAUGACCGGCGGAGAUUGAAAGUUUUUAUCGAAAAAAUUCAACAGAUUUUAACGGACCGGAAAGAGGAUAUUGAUGAAGUUGAAAACGAGGUAGGAGUUUAGUCAUCUCUAGAAUUACUCCCCUUCAUGGGCUGAAGGUGUUUUUAAUUAAGGCUGUCAAAUUAGUUCCUUUGUUUUUGAGAAGAGUAUAGUAUUUGAUCAAAGUGUAUAUGAUCAAAGAUUACAGGCCCGGAGCUACGGGGGGGUGUGGGGGGGUGUGACACCCCCCCAGUAAUUGUAUUCAGUCGGCAGGACUGCUAUUCAGUCGGUAGAACUGCUACUUGGGUUAAAUAUUUUUUGGCGCAAAGGGCAAGAACGUGUUGGUAAUUUUAGGAAAAUUUUGAGGAAAAAUGUAAAAAUUUUGGAAAAAUGUUAAAAAAUGUUGAAAAUUUGCUAUGUGCGAAAAAUUUUUGAAUGUUCCGGAAAAAUUUUGUACGUCCGGAAAAAUUUUUUUGGACCCCUAAAAUGGUACACUGACCGAAAUUUUUUUGGCGACGGGGGGGGGGGGGGAGGUCGCCGAAACAAUUUUGUUCCGGAAAAAUUUUUUGAACCAGUCGGUUGCAUUGAAUUACACCCCCCCUGAAGAAUUUCCUGAGGACGGCCCUGUCAAAGAAUCUUUGAUAUAUCAUAUACAGCUUUGAUUACUUCAUCAAAGCCACUCGGUUGAGUAUUCUGUUACGUCUGCAAGUGAUGGUUCAAUAUUUUUGUGUGUCAUUGGUCAAGUAAGCAAGCCGGUAACUUAAUGAGAUUUUCAGAGAGGGGGAUUAGAAAAGAAUUUGAGAAAAUUAGGCGGGAUUAGGUAAAUGAAAUCAACCGUACACUUCACUUUACAAGAGAUGAUUAUUUUGUACAGUACGUGAUACAAACGCGCUAUAUUCAGCUUUCUAUGAUACUUUAAUACUAACAAUUUAUUCUAAUGCUAAAGUGUCUGAAAAUUAGGCCGGAUUAGAUAAAUGAAAUCAACCGUACAUAUGGCAAGAGAUAAUUAUUUUAUACUGUAGAUGAUACGCUAUAGCCUGUUCUCCAUGAUACUUUAAUACUAACCGAAUUUAUUCCAAUACUAAGCUAUUUGAGGUAAACACAUUUUAUUUACAUUGGACAGCUCUACGACUUAUAAACUCUUUCUAAGAGGGCCAGGAAACAUGCUGUGUUUGUUAGAGUCAAACUGGAAGCAUUCUUCUCACAUGUGACUGAGGAUAAGUAUACAAUAAGCGGGAUAACUGCAACAUGGAAUCGGAACGGCUGCAUGCAGGUUUCCCCACAAUAUAUCAUCGACUUUCCAUGCAAUCCAGUGCAUUCCAUCUGAAUUACAUAAUCUUUAUUUCAUCCAAUGAAAAUGGCUGUAUGUUUACUUUUGUAUUCCCAACAAUAUAAUUACGUGGUCCGGGUGACCUAUAGUAACUGAUUGAGACAACCCAAUCUAUUAACCCAGCACUCUUCAGCGGGACUAAUCACCACUUACAAUACAUAUUGUGUCUGUAGCUGAAUGUCGUUUCUAAUAUUAAUCUCUGCACUAGAUUACAAUACAGGCAUAAACAAAAGCUGUCUACGGCUUGCAAACACAGAUGCUUAUGCUGUAACUGUGAAUUCUUUGACGCUGAAUUCAUAAAUGAUAAAAAUUUGGCUGUCAACUGUUUAUAGCUAUACGGUGGGAUCAACAGCCGUAAUCGUUGGGGUAAUUGUUGUUAAUAUUAUAGUGAUCUCAGCAGUUAGGAAUCAAAGGAGACAUGAGUCUAUGGUGUUGUAUAUACGAAGUGAAGAUACCGAAGUCUGUUCAAGGCUCUGUGGCAUACCUUUAUAAUUUCAUGUUUUAAAUGGCAAGACUUGUUCACUGUUAAGAGGAAGAUAUACGGUCUUCUGCAUGACUUUAUAUUCUGUGUUUUUCUUUGAAUGAAAUUGAUAAAUUUGAAUCCUUGAUCUAUCUAAGGCUGCUCUGUGGAAUGGUUGUUUAGGUGGAAAAACACUGUUGAAGGAAGAAGAUUCUAUAUAUCUUUGUUCUUGGGACGGUGUAAUCUUUCUAUAUAGCGGGCUUUCUAUUCUCUUCGCUUACCAGAGAUUGCAUAGUACAACACUCCACGCUCAAAUGGUUUUGCCCGUGUGAUUUUGUUUUCAUUAAGACGGGAUAACUGCUGCAGAAAGAAGAUAUACGAGUUAUUUAUAUAUCUCUGAGCAUCGUAUGCGGUAGUAUUGCUAAUAAUUAUUCCUUAUGCCGGAAAGAUGAAAGUAUAAAAUACGGAUAUCAAUGUUCAUUCACCUGUCACUAGACGUACGUCUAUAAGUCGAUAAAUCUAUCUGUUGAAAACUUGUCAAUUCAGUAGACACAAUUUGGAAAAGGCAACAUCCAAUUAUAUAAAUAUAUUAUUGAAGGUGGAUUGAACUUUACAUUCAUAAAAUCUGUUGUUCUCGUCUACCAGAGAAUUUAUUCUUCAUUGUGGAUUUAUGAUAAUCUUGUUCAUCAAAGGCAUUUUCUAUAUGUGUCUUAACAAUUAUAUUUUCUGAAGAACUAAGUUGUUGUCAAGCCUAAUUGUUUGUGGUUUCAAAGAGUCAGAAUUAAAUCUAUUGGAAUGACUUUUGUGGGCAGAUCUUGGCAUUCGGUCUGUUGAGUUUAAAUCUAAAUCACAGCAGUACAUUUGUCUGCCACAAUUACAUUACAUUGUGCAUUGAAUUUUGCACAUCUUCACUUGAAGAUUAUAUAACUGCACGGCUAUUAGAACAGCAUUUGCUGCACAGCUCAGCUCCUGCUCAGUUUCCCGUCAGUUUACCCUUUAUAACCGAAGACAAGAGUCGAAGAGAUAGACUAUCCAAUAUAAACCAAACUCUGCUGUUGUUAUAAAGUCAAGAAUAAAAGUGAGGUUGAAACCGUCGGCAAGAUUGUAUUCCUGAAAAUUCCUAUAUACAAGCUAGGAGGCAAAUUCAAUAAGACGACUUUUAAAUCUCGUUUUGAUAUCUGAAUUUGAUAUCUUGUGUAUAUGACCGUGCAGGCAAGUUGCAUUAUAUGCAUCCGAUAAUAGAACUUGUUUGAUAAUAUUUAAAUAUAUUAGUGAAUACUGGAACAGUACUAUAUUGCCAACAGGACUUAUGGCAGCUGUCACAAAUAGUUAAAACGAUUUGUUGAAGAUACUAUCACCACUGGAGAAGCUUUUUCUUUUCUUGGAACGAAAGCGUGAUACAGUUUACUUUUAGCUCCUCGUUGACUACCGAUUGUUACCAGUGAUUGGUUGACAUUUCGAAGUUUUUUUCAUCUCGGAACGAAGACUACAGCUUAUAUCAAUUUUAAAAUCCUCGUUCAUUAUAUUUUUGCUUUUAAAUACCUGAUAAUAAGAAGCAUAUAGAAGGCAAGACAUUUAAAGGUAUUCUUCGCAACAAGUUGUCCAUUUGAAGAACAACGUUGAUUGUAGAUUCGUCACGGAAUGAUUCCAGUUUAUUUCAUCAGUUAGACUGACAGCGAAGAGGCGAAAUAUUGCACGCUAUUCAAAAGGAACUUGAAGAAUUUGGCAGAGUAUAAAAUUGACAGGCUUAUAUAUUGAUUUCUUGCAACCAAAUAAUUGGUUUACCUAAUCAGUUAAAUAAACAGUGAAGGGAAUUGCAAGAGUAUAUAGCUGAGAUACCCUUUGGCUUCCGUGAAGGAACUCAGCGAAUUCGUGUUGCAGUAUACAAGGUUGAAAGGCACUAUGUCUUCUAUAAAACUAAGACAAGUUUCAAAUAACGAGUCCAACUCGUUCACAUUGUCACCACGACUGGGUCGACGCCUGGUGGACAUAUCAACGUUCAUAUCACCUCGCUCCAGUCCCGUGCUCAGACGAAGAUCUAGUAGUCGACUCAAAGUUCUUCCACAAAAAGUUGGAAACUCGAACGAUGAUCUGGUAAAUACUUUGUUUUGAUGUUGAGCUUCUGCAAACUAUAUGACGCGAGGUUAGAUAAACUAGGCUGGCUCGAACUCUCGGUGCCAGCGAGAUACAACUGUACCUGAAAAAUAUAAGCAAACUUCAACGUUUCGAGGCCCUUUGUCGAGAAGUCAGUAGCCAAGUAGUCGGUAAGGUAGUAGUUGGUUACUACGAAGUUUUGCUUAGAUUUUUGAGGUAGUUGUAUUUCUUCCAUUCGCCUUCUGUUAUAGUCUAGCCAGAUCUGGUAAGAUUCUGUCUCCCCCUCCCCGUACAGCCGGCUCCUGUGUAUAUUUGGAGAGAGUUUAUAAACAGGAAGAUAGUUUUGUGUGCGUAUGAAAGGUUCAACCCAAACGAAUUUCCUGUCUUAUUUCUCAUCAUCUUCCCUAACUCAAUACCCCAACACACGACGCGUUUAAUUAUAGGAGAAUUUAAUAACUAUUAGUCUCAAAUCUUUCAUUUGCUCACACAGUCUUAAAAAGCAAUAUACAUAAUCAAUAAAUUAUCGUAAACAAGUAUCGCGGCGCCGAAUUUGGUUUUAAUAUCUUUAACAGGUGUUGUUUGAUGAAUUGAUCUAUUUCUCUAUGAUAUAAUGGUCUUUUAAGCAACCUCAAAAGGCUAUCUGCUAAAUGCCACGCGAUUAACGACAUAUUAGAAAACUAUUAGUGGAUAUUUAAAGCAGUAGGGGGUUAUAUCGCACACAGAUGUAUUGUACGUUAAUGAUGAUGAACUCAUGGACUAUAUAUAAUCAUCCCUUCAUUUAAACUACGCUAAGCUAUCUUCAUUUAUACCGGAUAAUUCUAAACUGUUAAUUCUAGUAAGCACAAGUUGUAGACUCGAGUCUACACUCGAUUGUGACUUGACUUGUUAACUUCUUCAUGACAAUUUCAAUUUACAACUAUUGCAGCGAGUAUUCACCCCCCCCCCUUUAAAACGAAAACCACCAUUGAAAUCCUCACAAAAUAACUUUUUGAACGGGGGGGGGGGUCAAAUGCCGUCAAAAUAUUGCACAAACCAAAACAAUCAUACAUUUACUCACCCUUGGCCAAACAUUCUGAAUUUCAUUUGGAGAAAAAACUUGAAUAUCUUCUAAACUCCUGCUGAGAGUCCAUGUGAGUAAAAUACUCACUCAAAUACUCUACUUGUGUUCAAGCGCUUUCAUUAAUGACUUGUGACUUGAUUUGGACUCGAACAAAAUGACUUGUGUGUGACUUGAACUUGCAAAAUAAAACUUGUUAACAAAUUCUGCGAGUAGGGGCCAUUCCUUAUUUUGCAAGUUAUCUCUAACCACAAAACGUUCGCUCUGCUCAAUGGACCAAUCCCACAUUAACCAAAAUUUUGAACUCAACAAGUCUAGACAUCACAGCUUGAAAGAGCAUCACAAAAUUAGUAAUAUUCCAAAGUUUCGUUCCAAAAUGUUGUAAAAUGCGGAUAAUAUAGCCCUGCGAAGUUUGCAAUUUUCAGUCAUUUUGUAUUACAAACGAGAAAUGGUUACCACUUCCGUGCGUAAUACAAAAUGACUGAAAAACGGCAAACUUCGCAAGGCUACAUUAUCCGCAUUUUACAACAUUUCGCAACGAAACUUUGGAAUAUUACUAAUUUUGUGAUGUUCUUUCAAGCUGUGAUGGAAUUUUGUCUAGACUUGUUGAGAUCAAAAUUUUGAUUAAUAUGGGAUUGGUCCAUUCUGCUCACACUGUGAAUAUGUUUUCAGUUUAGACUUAUUGAAAUUCAAGAUAAAUUUCCUCAUGAUGACUUGGGACUGGAUGAGGAGAAAGGAUUGUCUAAUCAGGUAACCUGAUACUAUAGCUGCGUAGCUGGUGCUUUUAAGAGGUUAGAGAGUUGAUGCAUAGACCUAGGGGAAUAUAGGUAUUGCGUAGAGGUUCUAGAAUUAAUGAAUUUAAUGAAUUUAAAUGCCUGGUAAUGAAUUUAAUUGAAACUUUAUUAGGGUAGUACAUGCAUGAUAGUUAAAAUUCCCACUAACAAACCUGUGUCCCAUGAAUAUCUUGUUGGAUUCAGUCUGGUCCCAGUCUCUCUCUCCGCUGUUCUUAUCUUGUUCCUGGGGUACCUGUGAAGCUCCUUGAGCGGUGACGUCACAUUUAGGCUCACGUCAGAACGACAGGGUUUAUGCUUAGUUGGACUCUUUUGACUUUGGCCUGAUUUGCCUGACGCUGAUUGGGUGGUAGUCAGCCAAUCAGUGAAGCAAGAACCUGGCUAAAGCCACGUCUAGGCUUGUGCUGUAAACACGGAAGUAAUAUUUUCUUUAUGCUUUUAGAGAUUAAGAACUUUACUGAGUGCACGACGGAGGUCAGCACCCGCUACCGCUAUUAAAGCUGCUUUUGGCAAGACAAGCAAGAAGUAAGUAUUAAUCCAGUUUCCUUGGCGCGAAACAUAAUUUAACAUAUGAACCCUGAGUGGCAUAACAUUAGUACAAUCCACUCAGGCAGUCAGGAUCCAGUGAUAAGAAUUGUCCAUUGUGUUUUUUUUCUGUCUUGGAAAUCUCUCUGUUCUCCAGCCAACCAGUCACUUACUGUUCUGACUUAAGUCCCGGUCAUACGAGGAUAUCUCAAGCUCUAGAUUAACAAAAUAAAGUUUUUGAUGAGUGUUCCAACUAUGUUUUAACUUAAAUAGAAUCCAUGAUAGUGUUGGGAAAGCAUUAAGAACAGCUAACCAAGGUCACGUGACUGCCUCAUGCACUCUCAUUCUCGUUUCAUCCACGCGUUACCUUAGCAUUCAUGUAAAGAGCCUAUUGCCUCCAGUUGUUCCUAAUUCUCCCUAUUUGCUUUCCUUCAACAGCAGUCUUCCUUCCAUUGAUAUAUCUCUAACAAUCCACUCUGAGCCCACUCCUGACUCACCACAACCCAGCAGUAUUUUUCUCCAUGAAGGGAUGGUGCAGCUAACAGCGGUAAGUUGUUAAUUUGAAGCAAAACUACAAUCCUGACCAAAUGUCCUUGGGACACCACAACAUUUCCGUAUGUUUUUGUUGUCGUCUUCAAAGAGAGACCAUUUAACGCAAAAUAUUUUUUAAAACACCCCCUCCCUCAUUCAAUGUUGAAUUUGAGGGUAUGCUCAACUGAAAUUUUCUUAACUUUCAACAUUGAGUAGGGGUGGGGGAUCGGAGGUGGGCGUUGUCUUUAGAAUUAAAUGUUAGAAAAAGGUGAAUGUCGCAAGACUUUUGUCCAGAAUUGUAACUUCAUUCAGUCCUCGGCCCUCGGGCGUGAUCACAUUUCAUCCAGUCCUAGAUCUUCCAGUUCUAGGAUUUGUUGAAACGUUGUCCAGCCUUGUUAAAUAAUUCGAGAGGUUCAGAUUUCACUUUCAUCCCCUCUAUCUCUCAUUAACGGUAGCGCCGAUGAAAAUCUGAAGCUCUCUAAUAACUAAGCCGAUAUAAAAUAUUUUUUAUUUUAACAGGGUGGCAUCUCUCACGAUCGUUACAUGUUUCUGUUCAACGACUUCCUGCUUGUAGCAAAAUCCAAGUAAGUUGAAAUUCUUGAAAAUAUACCUCCAAGUACGAAAAACACAUUGGAUCAUUCCAGCUAUCGUCUAAUUUUUGAUCCAGACAAGAAAGACGAAAUCUAUCAUUAUAGCUCAAAAGAGCAUCCUAAAAUUAGUAAAAUUGUAAAGUUUAGUUGCGAAAUGUUGUAAACUACGAAAAAUAUAGCUCUACGAAAUAGCAAAUUUUGAGUAUUUUAGUAUUACGCGCGGAAAAAUGCCUCAAAAGUUAGAUCUCCAUUUUCUUCCUUAGAUCUCCAUUUUCCUUCCUUAGAUCUCCAUUUUCUUCCUUAGAUCUCCAUUUUCUUCCUUAGAUCUCCAUUCUACACUGUAAUUUUCUUCCUUAGAUCUCCAUUCUACACUGUAAUUUUCUUCCUUAGAUCUCCAUUUUACACUGUAAUUUUCUUCCUUAGAUCUCCAUUUUACACUGUAAUUUUCUUCCUUAGAUCUCCAUUUUCUUCCUUAAUUUUCUUCUUUACACUGUAAUUUUCUUCCUUAGAUCUCCAUUCUACACUGUAAUUUUCUUCCUUAGAUCUCCAUUUUACACUGUAAUUUUCUUCCUUAGAUCUCCAUUCUACACUGUAAUUUUCUUCCUUAGAUCUCCAUUCUACACUGUAAUUUUCUUCCUUAGAUCUCCAUUCUACACUGUAAUUUUCUUCCUUAGAUCUCCAUUCUACACUGUAAUUUUCUUCCUUAGAUCUCCAUUCUACACUGUAAUUUUCUUCCUUAGAUCGUCCGUAUUACAAGUUAAUUUUCUUCCUUAGAUCGUCGUCGUAUUACAAGUUAAAAGAUCGAGUCAAAGUGAGUGAAAUGUGGAUUGCUGGCUGUAUUGAAUGUAUGGGGGAAAAUGUGAAAUCUCCAGAAAAAUCUUUUGUACUUGGCUGGCCAACGGAGAACUUCGUCACUUCUUUCAGGUACACUUUCCUACACCAAACAAAACUAAACUAAACUAUAACUUUAUUUUAUACUGGAUAGCUUUAACACUUCUAAACUGUUCUCCUUAGAGGGAUAGCGAGGGACUGAGGAACAUAGAGGUUCAACAAGGGACGCACCAUUAUCUUUUAAAGGGAUGACCAUUUCUUCAACACAAACAUUUUUUUGUAUAUUGAUGUCUUUGCAAAAUAAUUUUCUGCUGCUUCUUCCUGCUUGCAAUAUUUUCGUCCAACAGUUUAUUAAGUCCGCAAACUAUUUUUUUCUGUCAUAUAUAAUGCGCAAACAAUUUAUUUCGACUCUUUCUUGCAAGCAGUUUGUUAAGAAUUUCUCACUCCCCCCCCCCUCCAAAAAAUUAAUGAUCCGUUCCUAAUGGCCACCCUUUAAUCUUAAUCUAAUAAUCUUAAUGUGUUAUCAAAGAAGAACCCCGGUAUGUAUUUAUCCUAGAGCCCGCCCUAUUUAUUCUGGCUAGAUCCAAACUGCUCUCCCAGGGGGUCUAGCAAGAGAUUUCGCGCAAUGAUCCAGUGUUACUACAGAAAAGGACCAGAAAACCCGAACGUGCACUAUUUUGUCCAGUCAUACUAAGAGUUCUCACGUGCACGAGACUGAAUAUUGAAUCCAUGUCUGGAGGUUAAGAUAUCCCACCGACGCGCUUCACAAUAAUCUAAAGCAGCUUAAGAACGCUAUAGGUGUGUAUUGGGGCGUGAUUUAAGGUGGUUGUUUGUAUAAAUAUCUUUAUCUCACAAGGAAUGUCUAAAUUUUAAAUAUUGCAGUUCAAUGGAAGAGAGGAACAAAUGGCAUGCUGCUUUAUCAAGGUAUUUUUGAAGUAAAAUCUUGCUGCAUGAACUUUGUCUUUGUAAAUAAACCAAACGAUAAAACUGUGUGUAAGUUUUAGUUCUUAAAACCUAUUUUAUUAUCCUAUACUUUAACGUCAUAACAUGAUUAGAAGAGUCACAGAACGAGUAUAGUCACGGAAUGGUCUGGGCCAUUGUAGGUAGUGGCAAUAAUGAGAAAGAUUUGGCAAUAUAGGGAUACAACUACCUGAAAAAUACAAGGAGAACUUCGAUGUUUCGUACGAAGGCUCUUUGUCUGGAAGUUAGGAAAUUGCAUUCUCUAUACCUAGACUAGCACCCAACAUUCACUAUUAUAAAGUAAAUAAAUUCGUAUACUCCCCCAGACAAAUCACAUUCACAAUCCACUAUUUCAACUCUCCAGUCAUUUAUACUGAGGAUCCAAGUUUGGGUGAUAGACUGGAAUGUUUAUAAAACUUUAGCUCGUGAAUGAAAUUUGUUUGGGGAUUACAUUCGCGUUCACUGAGACCAUGGUUCGCCGUGUAGCGAAGAAUGUAGAAUAUUUCUCAUGUGAUUUAUUUAUUUAGCAAUAUUGCGUCGCAAAAAGAGUUGGAGGAACCAAAAAUGACUCCCAUCAAAAUCCAGUACAAAGACAACGAAUCUCUUCAGAGUUCGGUAAGUGUCUGAAUGAAAAUAUAUUUAAAUCUACGUUUGCAUAUUUUUAGUCAUAACGUUUGUAAUUCCGUCAGACGUAUUUUUUUCCAGAUAUCAUUCAUGUAGAUCUAAAAUCAGGCCCGGAAAUCGCAAUAUGUAAAUCGAUUUUGUAGAUUUUGAUAUCAUAAUUGAGCGACUAAAAUAUUUAACAUAUAUUUCCGAGUGCUAACGUUGGCGUUUUGAACUUGUCGUUUUGAAGGAAGGUUAGAAUAGUUUGUGGUUUAUUUUUAACACCAAUUUAUAGGAUAAUUAUAUGUUUAAGAGUGAAGUUGUUAUCUUUCAAACUGGCCACUGUUUCCGUGUUCUAGUUUCCUGCUGUUUUAAGCAUUUCGCUUUGUUUGUUUCAAAAUGGCUAUAGAAAUUGUAGCCGCCAAAGUGUCUUAAUUAAUAACAGCUUAAAGUUCAUGAGUCAUCGCAACCAGGUAUUAUCGGGCGCAUUUAGAUUCCCUGUUCUGAUUAGAGUAAAAUAAAUGCUAUUCCGGCUAGAAAAAUUUCACGCACAGCCCAACGAUCCGACAAUCCAGUCUAGUGUCUCGAUCAGGACUUGAAUGAUCUAAGAUCUAAUACAACUGUCUAGUGUCUCGAUCAGGAAUGAAUGAUCUAAGAUCUAAUAGCAACUGUCUAGUGUCUCGAUCAGGAAUGAUCUAAUAGCAACUGUCUAACACUAACCCUAAUUACCCUUUAUAACCGUAAAUUUCCCUCUCCUCUUAAAAAUAAAUUUUACGAGCACUGUACGGGAAAUGUACCGGGAAGUCAGACCCCACCCUUAUGACGUCAUCUUGUAAUUUUUGGUAUUUGCUAGAUAACAUAGUUUACAUUCCCGUAUAUUCUACAUUGUGAUGAUCUAUAUUGACGUCGUAGCGUGUUCCAGGUUGUGUCCUUGCGUCUACCUAAGGUAAUUUGCUAGAUAGUAUACUUCAAAAUAAGGUUUCCGUUUUAUAUCAAUUACUUUUAAAUAAGUUAGGGUUAGGGUUAGGUUAGGGAUUAGGGUUGGGGUUAGGGUUAGUGUUAGGGUUUAGUUUUGCGUUAGGAUAGCUUUUUUCUACGUUAUAAAAACGGAAACCUUAUUUUGAAGUAUACUAUCUAGCAAUUACCGUCUACCUAAUAAUAAGUUCUCGUAUAAUUGUUCGUUCAAAAAAGAAGAGACGACUACAUACUACACGAUAUACAACUACUUGAAAAAACAAAAAGAAUUUCGACGUUUUAAGCGCCCUUCUUCCAGACGAAGAUCCUUCGUUCGAAACAUCGAAAUUCUGUUUGUAUUUUUAGGAUAUCUUAUAUUUUGAUAGUUGAUUUGGAAUUAAAAUAUAUAUAAAAUCACACCAAAAGGUGAAUUACUUUAUAUUUACAAGUUAAGAACUAUGGAAAUUGAUUAUUUAGUUUGGUCAUAACCGCGAAAAACUGUUUUUAAACGGUUUCGUGUUACAUUUGUAUAAAAUAAGAUCGUCUCUAUUUCGAAGACAUAGUCCAUUCUCAUCCAGCCAUGAGUUAGGGACAAGAUGAGACAAUUAAGUAUUAUUUCCUUAAAAAAAUUUAUACAAAGUUGUUGGCGAUUGGCUAUGAGACUGUUAAUAUCUUGUCAAUAUUUUUCCCGUAAAAAACUUCCUUUUAAAUCUAUCAAUGGCCUGAAGACAUUAAGGAUUCGUCUCUAUUAAGACAUCACAUGGACUAUAUAAUCCCAUGCUCAAAUAUCAAUGAUCACGGCUAACCACUAGUAAUGAUUUUUUCUGUGUUGAUGUUGUGUACUCAGGUGAAUAUGAUAUUUGUGAUGAUAUUCGUCAAUGAUAUUCGUAUAUUAUUAGUAAUGAUAUUCGUCAAUUUAGAAUUUGGUUAAGUUGCCAAAAGGAAACGUGCUUUGGAUGAAGACUGAAAUAUAAUAUGCCCUUAUAUAGCAAUGAAAACGUGAAAAUGUAGAAGUAUAUCACGUACGGUAUUCAGUGAAAAAUAUUUCAAAUCACAAACGGUGUUUGCUAGGGAGGUAUAGCGAAGAUAUCAAACUGUGAUCUUUGAAGGCGAUAUAGAACCGCCUCAAAGAUCAAAAGAAUUUCGACCUUUCUAUAGCCUUCGUCUGGUAGGGGCCUUCGUCUGGUAGGGGCCUUCGUCUGGUAUAGUUACUUCGACCUUCGUUACUAUAAUUUUCAGGCGAAGCCAACCUUUGCUAGAAACGUCGAAAUAAUUUUUGUAUUCUUUCAUAUAGUUCAUUAUCAUCUACAAAACUUCAAAUUACACUUUCUUUUACACUGAAAAUGACGUGCAAUGUGUUGUGUCAGUUGAAAAGUAAAUUAAUAAUGGACUCGUCUUAUCAUAGGGACGCCUUUUUAUUACGCACAAUUUCUAUCAUCCCAACAUACAUAAUUCUCGUAUAUGUUCUUUUAAAAAAUCACUAUAAAACAGACACCUCUCUAUAAUGACUACUGUAUCACUUCAGUAUCCCUAUGAAGGUCAGGGCUUACGGAUCAAGCAACUUUCUAUCAUCUAUUGUUUUACACAAAAAACAAAACAAUUAUAUUUAUCAACGUCAGAAAGCAGUUUUUGCCCAUACUGGCCAUUGAUCUUUUUGUUUUGUGAUGAUGUGAACAUCUUUACCUGCGUCGUCUCCGACAUGAUGUAAACGUUUAUAUAUAGUGAAACGACAAUAUAAACAUGUGAAUGCGUUCUUUGUAAUCUUAUAUUUUGUACCGUGGCCAGGCAUAUUUUUCAAGCUUGCUCGAUGUGGAUAUACACUCAGAGUAACAUCACAAGCAUUAUAUUCACCUGAGUACAUACACCAACACGGAAAAAAUCUUAUAGCUAUUUUGUAGUUUAUAUUGUGGGGAUACGUUUUGUAUCUUUUAUUGUAUGUAAUUUCAUAUGUGCCUGUAUUGGUAUUUGAGGAAGGAAUAAAGAUUAUUAUUAUUAUGAUAUAGUUCUCUAUUGCCAAAACAUAACGGCAAUGAUAUAGGACUAUUAAUGACAUACAAAGGAAACCCGAUACUCUAUUUUGUCUAUAAAAAGUGAAAUAUUAAUCAAGACACGAUUUUAUGAGCUCAAAUGCGUAUAAUCUCGAGUAUUUUCGGAUGUAAGCGAUUUGGCACGUCAUAAGUGGACUGAGGAAUGUGUCGUCAUUCGCUCGCUAAUUAAGCCAUUCUAUUCAUUGGCGGAGAUCAGUUGAGCGCUACCUUCAAUCUAGACGUUUAUAAGAGAGUAUUUGGAAGAUUUUAGUCCAGUUAAAUAGUACAGGAAGAGUUUGGCGGAAAGGAAUUAACGAAAUCCUAAAAGCUUGAGGAGGAUCGUAUAUUUGUAAGUGUCUAUGUUUGUAUAUGUAGCAUAAAUGUAUACUAUAAUAUAUGAGCGUGUUGUGGUUCACGAAAUGUUAGAGAGUGCUUGAUACCAUAAAGAUAUAGAGGAAAUAUAGGUUGAGUUAACUCAAAAUCUUCAAUACCAUCAGUUGAUCCCAGCUGCUAUAGUCGUAUAGUAAUAUUACUCAUGUAUAGUCAUUGUAUCAUAUAAUAAAGCGUGUUUAGUAAUGGUUCAAGUCUUCAAGAAAUGUCAUCAAAGAGUGCGCAACGCCGAGCGAAUAUAGUAUAUAUAGCUUGGCUCACCUUAAAAUCUUCAUUACCAAUGAUGUCACCCUAUUUAUCAUCAAGUUACUGACUAAAAUCCCGAUUUGUGGGCUGCUUCAUUGAAGAAUAAUGAAGAUUCUGAGGUAUCUUCACUGUAUUGCAAUUAUAUGCGUAUGCUUGAGUUGAUCCAGAACUAUCAUUAGGGUAAUAGGAUAACAUAUUCAGAGUAAAAACCCGACACUGUACAUAAGAAUUAUACUAUAUCAAAAUAUGUUGUCAUAUUCCCCUGAUGAAGGAUCUGAAAUAGAGCUGAAGACAUCGCAAGAAUAAUGUCUAAGUCAAUAAGUUGCGAGGAUAUCUCUUGCGCUGAGGAAAACGGAUUUGUCAUCUCAGUUGAUCUGAUCAGCUUACUGCCCGGGUAUAUAGCAAAACAUGGUCAAAUCUGGCCAAAUUUAUGCUGAUAAUACAAUAUUUAAGUUGAUAAGUUGCGAGAAUAUCUUGUGCGCGCUUCAACAUGCUGCAUGGAUUUGACUGAUUUGAUCUGACAGCUUCAUGGCUAGAACUAUAAUCCAUAUGGUUGAGCGUCUCACUCAGGGCUGCCUGGUUUGCGGAACAUGUAAGUUCAAACUUUGGCCAGAACCAACUUCAUGUUAAUGGUACAAUGUUUAAGUUGAUAAGUUGCGAGAAUAUUUUGUGCGCUUCAAUACUCAAUAGGCAUUUUAAUUUGUGCUUUCUCUAGUUGGCUUAAUAUAAGUGCGCCACAUAUGAACCUUGUAGAACGUUCUCGGUUAAAGGGAUGUAAUAUAGCCGGAAAUGUCGAGCAAAACGUUUUUCGCCCGACAUUUAUCUCGAUUACGAUCUUUCAGCAUUCAGUUCGAUCGCGUGAUAAUCGGCCAAAAUCUUGAAUAUUUGCCCCUGUAGAAUCUCGGCCUGGUUCGCUGAAUAUAGAUGCUGUGUUUUGACUUAAUAUAAUGUUUUUUAUAGAAGAUAAAUAAAUAAAAGCUGUUUGUUUGUUUUUGUCAUAUUUGAAUUUUGCCGACAUUGAACCUUUUUCGCAACUGGUAAGGAUUGAAAUCCUAAGUAUCUGCCGAACUAUUUUGUGAAGUGAAGCUUACCAGAACAUGAUAAGAGUCGACAAAGCAACUAUAUAAUUAUAUCGAAUAAUGCUGACAAUGCCUGUUAUGUAUAGAAAAUGAAUAAUUUCAAAAAUUUCAAAGAUCUUUCGAUUAAAGACGGUUCUCGUUUUUAAAUACACUGUAUUUGGAACUGUUUCUGAGACGUAAUCCCCUCACUACAAUAUACUGACAAUGCAAUUCAUUAAAAAAAACACCAAAUCGGCUUUUCGCACCCUUUCUUGUCCAAUAGAAGUCUUCCUACUCGAGGUUAUUUUGUUGUUGAAACAACCUUAUAAAGUAAUGCGCAAUACGAGUGCUUCAAAGGCUUUAUAAUCUAAGUGGUAUUACUAAGGAUUAUAAGCAACACAUCGUAACAAACAACUCAGUCACGAUAUGUCAUUAGACUAUCAAGUAACAGAACAAUUCAGAGGUUUUGAUCAAUUAAAACGCAUGCGCCCAUAUCGAUCCAGUAUAGGUAGUAUUCUACAAUAAGCUCUGCUGUCGUGGUUUGUGUUUGAACUACCUCGAAAAUGUAUCUCAAAGUGGUGGUCCAGUGUAGCUAGUAUUGUACUAUAUAUAAGUAAAAAAAAAAGUUGACAUGGUUUGUGUCUGAAUUACCUAAAAAAAGGUUUCUCUAACGUGGGUGUUACAAAGCAGGCUACUCAUGUGAUUUGUGGCUGAACUGCCUGAGAUUCCGCUAGUUUAGUCAUAACCCAUGCAUAUGCAGCAUCUUAUUGAAGAAUACUUUGUCUUAAUAACUCAUGCAUGCCCUACGAUUGAGAUAGAUGAAUUUGUUCCAUCUUUGGAACUGAGAUAUUCUGAAAAUGCAGACCACAGAAUUCACCAAAUGCGUCAUAUUUCCCACCGUUCAUUUAAGUUUACAAAGACCCAGGGCACUUUGAACUAAAGCCAGAUAUCAUAAAUUUUACUCAGGAAAACUUGUCCGGUGACUUUCCGGACCUCGAAGUAACAGGAAAUUGACUCACGGGUAUUUAAAAAUGAAUUGAUGUUUUGCAAACUAUGUGAAUUAAUAAUGCGCAAGGCAUGAAAGAGGGUAGAACAGCUGUCAGGGUUUCAUUCAAAAAGUGAAUGAAACCCUAGUGCCUUGUUAUGGAGGUUUUAGUGAGAUCAGUAUUGUUAGUUAUGCAGUUGGUUAGCAGUGGCAGACACAUCGCGAAAUAUUGGGGGGAUGACCACAUUCUGUUGCUGGAAAUCUCAGUUCUUUCAACUUUGUAGCCUUCAAUUCAUGAAAUAUAUAGCUUAGUUUAUAGCCUAGCAAUCAUUUCAUGGCCGAAAAAAUAUUGUUACAGCUUUGUUACACAGUUAUUCAGCUAUCAUACAAAGGCUUUCAGAAAUUGUUGGGGGGAGGGAAGUGUGCCACAGACUGCCACUGUUGGUUAGUUAUGGGGCUCUUGGACUAUAUCCGCCUGAAUGAAAAGCUUAUAUAUUGCCAUAUUGAAAGAGUUAGUUCGUGAACAAUAUUUCAUGUCGGUCAUUAUAAUUGAAACGUGACUGGGUGUAUUUACAAGAUUUAAGACUUCGUGGGAAAAUAGAAAUGAUUUGUACAUACGGAAGCGGCGGCUCAGUGGCAUUUGACGAGUGAGACAGUCCUGCAUCGCAAGAUAACUAACUGAUUAACUAAUCAAGGAACCAGCUCAUUACUAAUCAACUAACUAUAUUGACUAUAUCAAUAGUUGUGUGGUCUUAUUUAUCGAUGAUGACAUUAUUUGUUGUUAUAUCCACUUCGUUUUAUGACCAUACACUUUGAUAUAGGCAUAAGUAGUUGGGAGCAACAAUGUACUUAUAAGGAGCGAUCGUUAGAUACUUGGAUUGAAUCUCUUGAGAAAAGUAAACCGACAAAUUAUAAUAUUUGCUGUUCCAAUAUAAGUUGGAACUACUUGGAAAACACAUGCUCUCUUUUUGAAACUUCACUCCAAAAGUGCUUUUGAUCUUCUUGAAGAAGUCCAAACACAAACAGCGGCAGGUUAUUAUAAAAUACUACCUACACCGUACUAAUAUUUGUCAACUAAUCACAACAACACUGUAUCAAUAUCAAGUGGAUAACAUCAUUUCCUCAUUAUUCAUCUUUCCGUUUCAGACAAAAAGUGUUUCAGUCGGGCAGUUAGACGACGCAAACAAGGUCGUGCACAUGGCGUUGGAUCUUUUUAACAUUUUGGUAAGUCUUUCGUGUUGUGUUGUGUUGUGUUGCGUUGUCACUGUUGUGUUGUGUUGUGUUGUGUUGUGUUGGAAAUAUAGAUAUACUGCAUGGAUAGCUAAAUCAGUUCUGUAUAAACUGUCCGGAGGUCUCGUAAAGACCGUUCAUGCACCGUUCCUAAUGGACCAUUUGCAAUAUAGACUAAAUUUUGAUCUAGACAAAAAUUUCAUCACAGCUUGAAAGAGCAUCACAAAAUUAGUAAUAUUCCAAAGUUUCGUUGCGAAAUGUUGUAAAAUGCGGAUAAUAUAGCCAUGCGAAGUUUGCCGUUUUUCAGUCAUUUUGUAUUACGCACGGGAAAUUGACAGCCCAAUCGGGUGUUGUUUGUAAUACAAAAUGACUGAAAAUUGCAAACUUCGCAAGGCUAUAUUAUCGGCAUUUUACAACAUUUCGCAACGAAACUUCGGAUUAUUACUAAUUUUGUGAUGCUCGUUCAAGCUGUGAUGAAAUUUUUGUCUAGAUCAAAAUUUAGUCUAUAAAAUUGCAAAUGGUCCAUUGGUUCAAUCAAAUGAUACUACAGGAAGGAGGCAAUCUCAACUGAACUCUAUUCGUACUAUCCACACCAGAUGGCUUUACCAAUUCUAAACUGUUCUCCCUAAAGAUUUAGUAAGGGAUCUUAUCCUUAUAACUCGAUGAAAUAACUCGAUCAAUACUAACUCGAUGAAAUAACUCGAUGAAAAAAACUACUGAGUACCCAAAGAAAACCUAUGGUGUUUGGUAGGGAUGUUUGUAUGAGCGUUAUGUGGUGCAUCCCACCCAGGUUACUGAGGCGAGAAGUGCAUUCAUUGUUGCAUGCAUUUCUCAAGGGAAAUAUCUUGAUCUCAUGACCCUGGCCGCGGUUCAUUGGUUCUAUAUCCUUGUGUGGCUAUUUUGAACUGGGGGUGCCAAAAGUUUCCGGCCUGCAUUCACUUCUCUUUAUAAGUGUGCAAUACCUAGACUAAGUGUUUCGUUUGUUUGUAGAAUAAAGAAAAUUCAAAUGACCAUCAGUUGUGGGUUAUGUACAAGGAUGGCGCAUAUCCUCUUAUUGGUGAGUUUAGUCCUUAGCAUGGGAACUGUAUCUGAGGAGAUCAGUCAUUAAUCCCAUUUGACUUGCUCUGAUGUCCGGUGUUAGACAGACUCAUAUAUAGUUUAUAUAUAUAUAGAGAAGGAAUUAGCUGCUAGAGCCAUCCAACUCGAUUCUCAUCUUGGUCACCGUGAGAACUAAUUUUGGGGGGAUUAGUAAUUAAUCUCAUUUGUCUAGCUUGAAGAUUCAAUGAACUAGAUCUCCUAAAAUGCUUGCGAUCACGCAAUCCUGAAGUAGUUUAUAUCAGGUUUAUCAGGAAUAAUACAUUUAGGACUGUGGAAAUUAGGAAACAAUGUUGUGGAAUCAUCUGAAAAUUUUGAUGUUUCCUCAUAUGUUCCCAAAAUUGUUGUUGUAUAGAUAGAUAGAUAGAUAGAAACUUUAUUUAUACACGCUGACCCCGUCAACCGAAGCUGAUUUCCACGGGGGGCGUGUGCAAAAAUAGAAAAAUGUUACAUGGAGAUAUUAAAAUACUUAAGUUUAAAAAGGUAGAAUAUUAAAUUAUUUACAUGAUAAGAAGGUUAUUAGAAUAUUUACAGUUACAUCAAUUUACUCUAUGUCAAUUUUGUGAGCAGCAAUUUUAUUUCUAAAGGAUGAAAGAGUUUUGCUUUCCCUAAUUUCCUUUGGAAUAGAAUUCCAAAGGUGUGCUCCGUCAUACAUAAAACUAUUUUUCAUGUUGUUAGUACGCGGUUUUGGUAAACUAAGACCACUUGAAAUGUCACGAAGGUUGUAGUUUGUUUUCUCACAUUUGUAUGAAAAAAGAUUGGUGAGUGAUUUAGGACCCAUUUUAUUUAAUACUUUGUACAUCAUUUUUGCCUUAGCUUUCUUCCUUUCAGUUUUGAGUGGCUCCCAGCCCAAUGCACGUAGAGCAAUGGAAUGAUUUACGUCAUUACUCAUGUUCAAGAUAAUUCUAGCAGCUCUAUUUUGAAGUUUUUGGAGUCGUUUUGAUUGUGAUUCACCAAACACAUCCCAUACUUCACAACAGUAAUCAAAGUAUGGGCGGACAAUAGCAUUAUAUAUCAAAUUGAGUGUAUUUUUGUCAACGAAAGGUUUGACUCGGCGAAUAGCAGAGAUUCCUGCAGUUAUUUUUUUGCAUAUAUUUUCGGAAUUACUUUUCCAAGACAAAUGCUGGUCAACUAUUACUCCAAGAGUUUUGCAUUCGCUAACUUGUUUAAUUUGCUUAUUUUCAAUGAAAACAUUUAAAUGUGAAUCAGAAUUUUUUUUAAUCAUUGCGUUUGAACCAAUUAACAUAAAUUCUGUCUUAGCUACAUUUAGACUAAGUUUAUUGGCAAUUAACCAUUUUCUGAGGUUUUCCAAAUCAGAAUUCACUGCAGUUUCAAGGUCAAUUAUAGAAUCUCCCGAUGCUGUCAGAUUUGUGUCGUCAGCAAACAAUCGAGGUUUUGUUUUGUUUAGACACUGAGGUAAAUCAUUUAUAUAUAGCAGAAAGAAUAGUGGUCCUAAGAUAGAGCCUUGUGGUACACCGCAUUUAAUCAAUCGCUCUGUAGAAAAGGAAUUCUUAAUUUGGCACUUCUGGUUUCUGUUUGUGAGAUAAGAUUUGAGCAAAGUUAGAGCUUCUCCUUUUAUUCCAUAAAGUUCUAACUUCCUCAAUAGAAUUUGAUGAUCAACAGUAUCAAAUGCUUUUUUUAGAUCAAUUAGGACUACUAGGUUAAACAUUUUUCUGUCUAGAUUCAUAUACCAAUCAUUGGUACAGUCCAGUAAUGCAGUUGCUGUAGAAUGAGAUUUUCGAAAACCGAAUUGAGAAUCGCUAAGGAGUUCAAAUUUUGUUAAAUAGUUAUACAGUUGAUCAUACAUAAUUCGCUCCAUAAUUUUGCUAAUCGCAGGUAAAACUGAUAUUGGUCUAUAGUUUCCUGGAAUAUUCCGUUGGCCGUUUUUAUACAAAGGUAUUACUCUUGCCAUUUUCCAUUCAUUAGGAAAGGAGGAUAGAGUUAUAGCCUGAUUGAAAAUAAACGUCAAUGAGUCUGAAAUAGCUGGUGCAGCUAUCUUAAUAAUUUUACAAGAAAUUUUAUCAAUGCCAGUGGCUUUAUUGCUGGAAAGCCCAUGCAAGAGACGACAGACAUGACUGACAGUAACAGGCUGGAAUGCUGCAAAUUCUGAUUCAGCAGUUUUAGUAUAUGUUUCAAAAUUAUAAUUUGAAGUAUCAAUUUUGCUAGCUAAAUCAGGCCCAAUAUUUGAAAAGUAAUCAUUAAAGCCCUCUGCAAUAUCUUUGGGAGUUGUAAAAAUUUUUCCCCCUAGAUUAAUCUCAUUCACCACUGUUGGUUUGUUUUGCCUACCUAAUAAGUUGUUUAUACUUUUCCAAGCUUUUUUAGGAUUGAAUUUUUGACCAGCUAUUUUUGAGGAAUAGUAAUCCUUUUUGGCAUUCCUUAGUUCUAUGUUUACUUUGUUUCUAGACGUUUUAUAAUCAAACCAAUCAUUUUCUAGGUUUGUUGAAAUGGCUUUUCUUUUUAAUUUGUCCCUUGUAUUAAUAAGUUUCUUUAUAUCACUUGUAAUCCAUGGGACUUUUUUAGACCUGAUUUUUUUGCAUUGAAGUGGUGCAUGCUUAUCUAGGACGUCUACGAAUAUUUUUUUCCAAAUCUCCCACAUAUCAUUUGGGUCUUCAGCAAAAAAAUACACUUGUUCCCAGUGCUGUUUGAGCAGUUCCGCAACAAAUUUUUCUUCAUUAAAAUUUUUCAUGUUUCUCAUCUCAACUAUAUUCUCUUGUUUCUUUAUAACAGAAAUUUUCCUGAUAGCAAAUAUCAAACUAUGAUCACUUAUACCUGUGUGAAUGACACCAGAAUCAGAAAUUUUUUCUGGUGUAUUAGUAACCAUAUGAUCAAUUAGACUAGUAGUUGUCAUAGUUACUCGAGUAGCUUCAUCUAUCAGUUGUGAUAACUGAUAUAAUUCAUACAAAGACUUUAUUUUCUUUGUUGGUAUGUUAUAAUCUUUAUCUGGUCUUAGCAAAUCACAGUUUAGAUCACCCAGAAUAUACAUUUCCUUAUUUUCAUUAUCUAUAGCUUUGAUCAGUUUUUCAAAAUGAUCAAAGAAUUCUGAUAAUGCACUGGGUGGUCGGUAAACUGUCGUAACAACAAAAGGUUUGCUAUGUGGCUUAAUAAUUUCAACACAAACAGCUUCCAGUUCAGAAGGAACUAGAUCAUCUCUUAUUUUGUAAUUGAUGGAGCUACGCAAGUAAAUACAAACUCCACCACCAUUCCUUGAUCUAUCUUUUCUGACAAUAUCAUAACCAUCAAGGUUAAUCAUAUUAUCUGUUAUAUUCGCAUCAAGUCGUGUCUCAUUAAAUGCAAUCAGAUCAAUGAACUUUUUUGACAUUGAAAAAUUAAUUUCAUCUAUUUUUUUAGGUAAACUAACAAUAUUCAGAAAAGCCAUUUUAAAACCUCUUUCAUUCGGGAUUGAGCUAAGGGUUCUCAUAAAAUCGCUGCUCACAUUGCCCCUUGUUAUAUCUAAUCUGCUUUCUGUUUCAUCACUUGCUUUACAUGGGCCAGAUACAUUGUCCAGUCUUUCUGGUGCCCAUGACUUUGGCGAAAACAAUGGCUGUCAUUACGACUUGAAGCCAUGUUGGUGUUUCCAAUUCUAUCAGACUUCAAGUAGGUGCAGAAAGCACCUCCUAGGGCUUUAUCACCUUCACGAUUUAAAUGUAGUUUUGAUCUGUUUAAUAAAGGUUUGUCUAUGCAACUAUUAUCAAUAAAAGUGAUCUUAUGUUUAGAACAUAAACCAUGUACUAAAUUAUUAUAUUGCUGUAAUACCCGAUUAACCAAUGAAAUCCUCUUAUUCAGGUCACGAGUUUCCAUUCGCCAUUCAAAUGAACCAGCAUCGUGAGAUGUCAAUACUUGAUGACAGCGACUUCAUCGCGCCAGUCCCAGACCCCCCAACCUCUCCACCCGCAAUUGAAAUCACACCUGAAAAUCAACUACAGUUUAUGUUGAAAAAGGGACGAAAAAUGCACAAUAAAGGUUAGACCUGAAUCAUUUUAUGGGUAUUGGCCAAAUGUACAUUAGAGACGGAUCAUCCCCUCUGGAGGAAUUUGGAUAAAUUUAUCGGUUGUCGGUGAAAAACAUGGAAAAGUGAAUACAAAACGAGGAAAUAAAUUUUGCCAUGUGAAAGCUUGUUACAAAAGACUUUGAUUCAUCUGUAACUGACUUUAAGCUGGAUGUGAAAUAGAAGCAAGUCUAGAAUUUAUUUUAAUAUUAUAUUUUUAUGUUUUGUAUAGUUGGUUUUAAUCGUCUGGUGAAAAUGAGAAAAAAUAAGAAACUGAGUAAAAAGAUGUCGGGGGGCAAAUUACCGCCUUAUGAUAUGAUCAUGGCGCCUGGCAAGUAAGUUGAAAAAUCCUUAGUUCAUGUCCAACAAUGGACCUAUUACCUAGUAAACAAAAUUUUAAUCUAGACAAAAAUUUCAUCACAGUUUGAAAGAGCAUCACAAAAUUAGUAAUAUUGCGAAAUUUCGUUGCGAAAUGUUGUAAAAUGCGGAUAAUAUAGCCCUGCGAAGUUUGCCGUUUUUCAAGUUAUUUUGUAUUACGCGCGGGAAAUUGAUACCUUUUUUGAGAAAGCGGUACCAAUUUCCCGUGCGUAAUACCAAAUGAGUGAAAAACGGCAAACUUCGCAGGGCUAUAUUAUCCGCAUUUUACAACAUUUCGCAACGAAACUUCGGAAUAUUACUAAUUUUGUGUGGUGAAAUUUUUGUCUAGACUUGUUGAGAUCAAAAUUUUGGUUAUUAGGUAAUAGGUCCAUUUGUAGGUUUUAGGAAACGUCACAGUAACAGAAACCACUCUUUGACUUCGUGUUGUUAAUCUUUCCUUAUCUCAUUUAGAGUGUUUGGGCAACCGUUGGAACAAUUGGCAAGCGAAGAAGAGGUAGUUCCCAAGCCUAUCAACGAUCUGUUAGUGCGUCUGUUUCGCUACGGGCCGUCAACAUCUGGCGUUUUCCGAAAGACACCGAAUCAACGAGAAGUCAAGGAACUGAGAGAAGAAAUCGAUGAAGGUUUGUGAUUUGUUUGUUUGUUUGUUUGUUUGUUUGUUUGUUUGUUUGUUUGUUUGUUUGUUUGUUUGUUUGUUUGUUUGUUUGUUUGUUUGUUUGUUUGUUUGUUUGUUUGUUUGUUUGUUUGUUUGUUUGUUUGUUUGUUUGUUUGUUUGUUUGUUUGUUUGUUUGGUUUGUUUGUUUGUUUGUUUGUUUGUUUGUUUGUUUGUUUGUUUGUUUGUUUGUUUGUUUGUUUGUUUGUUUGUUUGUUUGUUUGUUUGUUUGUUUGUUUGUUUGUUUGUUUGUUUGUUUGUUUGUUUGUUUGUUUGUUUGUUUGUUUGUUUGUUUUGUUUGUUUUGUUUGUUUGUUUGUUUGUUUGUUUGUUUGUUUGGUUUUGUUUGUUUGUUUGUUUGUUUGUUUGUUUGUUUGUUUGUUUGUUUGUUUGUUUGUUUGUUUGUUUGUUUGUUUGUUUUGUUUGUUUUGUUUGUUGGUUUGUUUGUUUGUUUGUUUGGUUUGUUUGUUUGUUUGUUUGUUUGUUUGUUUGUUUGUUUGUUUGUUUUGUUUGUUUGUUUGUUUGUUUGUUUGUUUGUUUGUUUUGUUUGUUUGUUUGUUUGUUUGUUUGUUUGUUUGUUUGUUUGUUAUGUUUCGAAAUGUUAUUUCUCCGACAAAGUCAAUGACGAACGUUUUCUUGCUAAUUUUCAGGGAAAGAAGUGUCUUUUGAAGAUACCUCCGUUCAUGUGGCUGCAGGUUUAGUAAAGGUCAGUAGAGUUGACUUGAUAUAUUGAGCAAUUGAUAAGAUUAAGUAAAUCUUCGUUGGAAUAAUAAGAGUAAUUACAUUGCACCCUCAUAUUUGAGACGUCCUUUGAUAAUCGCAAAUAAUAUGCUUCGUAUUUUAAACUCUCCUUUGUAUUUUGUAGGAAUUUCUUCGCAACCUUCCUGAUGCUCUAUGCUGUUCCGAAUAUUACGAGGACUUUUUAGCCACUAAUGACAUCAAGGAUAAGUCUGAACGAGUCCAAGAAAUUUCAAGGUAAAACGAACUUCAUUAAACUUAUCUUAUUUCCAGUUCAUAUAUCAGUUCUGUCCAGCGUUAAUACAGAAAGGGAAACCGAAGUACGCAGAGAAAAUCAGCGUUGUUUGGUAGAGCCAAACCAGAAGUAUUCUUCAGGGGUCGGUUGUUCAAAGCUGGGUUAGUUUAACCCUGGGUUAACCUAAAAUUCAAAGCAAACUUCCUGACAGCUUGUCUAUAAAUUUGGAAAUAUUUCUUCAGAGAUCUUGUCUGGAUCGAUAUGAGUUACUUCUCUGAAGUUUUGAAAUAAACAGACGUGUAGAAAUACAGAAACUAAAACAGCAGGUUAAAUUUUAACCCAGGGUUAGCGCUAGUCCACCUUUGAACAAUCAGUCCCGCGUGGUGUAGGAGCCUUUGUGAUUGCAUGUGGUUCCAUUCUCUCUACGGAAUCUUGACAGUAACGUGAAAAGAGUCAGUCAACGCUCUACCGAAAGUCGAGGCUUUUCUCCAGGUACUUCGUUGUCCUCCUUGGAAAGCCUUCGAGUUACGGGAAUCAAAUCCCCGUCUCCGAGGUGAAAGAGACAUCACUAACCAUUGAGCAACAACACUCAACUAAAACAUUCAACUUUUCUAUUUUCAGACUUGCAGAAAAACUUCCUGCCGCUAACUUGGAAUUAAUCAAACGUUUCUUUUCCGUACUCUACCACAUCUCACAAAAUUGCGAACAAAAUAACAUGACGUCAUUCAACUUGGGCGUCUGCGUUGCUCAAAGUAUACUUAAGCCAGCGGAAUCUGUGAAAGCUGAAACCGCUGAGCAAGCUAAGAGUACCGCACCUCAAUUCGUGGAAUUCAUUAUAGACAAUUUUCCGGAAAUUUUUGGUGAAAAUGCUGUGACUGCUUUGGGUGAUACUUCAGAAAUAAUUGUCGAUGUUCCGACUGUUGCCGAGAACGGAGACUCGGAGGUUUUCGACACCGCCGAAGAAUCCCGACCAAGAAGCCAAUCGUUGCAUCAUAGCGAUUCAAGUAUAUAUAAAAGUGUGACCGAAGAGGAUAAAACGGAACAAACAGGGAAUUUGUUGACAGUAAUGGAUAAUAAUGCUAACCUAAGCAAAAGUACCCCUAGUUCACCCAAAUUACAACGAAAAUCAGAAAAAACUUUGGACCCCAACGAGAUUUCAAAGAAAGUCCACUCAGCUUUUUAUCAUCCAAAAUAUUCACCAAGGUACAUUAGACGAAACUCGGAUAAAUCAUCAAAAAUCGAAUCGGAUAAACUUCGGGAAGCUGUACGAUCACGAAAGGAGCCCGAACGAUCACGAAAGAAGCCCGUCAUCCUUACGACGACGACGUCGAGUGCCGAACUUAUCGAACAUGUCCCGGAUGACAUUAUCAGGUUAUCGAGCAGUUGCAACUCGUUAUCUGCUGUCAGACCUGAGCCCGCAAUGGUCAAGAAGACAUCUGCCACCAAACGAGAAGGGAUGUUAUACGCAUCCAGUCAAAAUUUUUAUACUGCGCCUGCAUACAUUGCUGAACGCGUAAAUACGGUGCAUGACAGGCGCAGACAGCCGGCAGCACCAUCAUACCAGGAACAUAUGCAACGGACCAGGUGCCAAAAAGCUCCGGCCGUCCAGAAAGGUCUGAACGUCCAAAUACCGAACUCUACAUUACGGGAAAGUAAUAGCGAAGGAUCUUUAGCCGGGAAUAAAGUUCCGGGCGGAAGUAAAGCUACGGAGACUAAAGUCGGUCUAAUGCUAAAUGCUGAAUCAGACCUGGAUCCAUCUCAAACACACACUACCCCUACACCAGGCCAUUAUUCAAACACGAACUACACCUCUAACCUCUCCCUAGGACAUUCCUCGGGCUCGUGUCACGUGUCUCCGGCGAGUAGCGAACGAUCAGUUCCGAAAAUGAGCACCGGAAGUGAAACCUCUAUCUCAUCGUUGUCAAGUGUUGACGACAUCAUGGAUACAAGCGAUUCAGAGAAACUUGACGUAACGCGACUUAAACAUAUCCGGGACUUACUUGACGUGUCAGGGUAUGCAAAUCCGUUGAGAAUUAGCACGGAAGCCGCUAACCUCAUAACGAAGGCUCAUGGUGAAUGGGGGCACGUGAUCGGUGACGAUGAGGAUAUGGAUGACUACCAGCGAAUGAUCAUGGCCGAGGAGACGUAUGUGUAG